AUGAAGCAGUUAGAUUGGAUACCUCAAAAAUAGCUUUCUGAAGAAUAAAAAAGCAGAAUUUAAUUGAUAUAAGCGAAGUUAGAUCAAAUAUAGUAGGAUGUUCCAGAAUUUGAAAACACCAGAAAAAAUUUAUCCUUAAAAAAAGAUGAAUUUAUAAAAUAAGCUGAAAGUGUUUUCUAAAAAAUGUAGUAAGAAAUUAUCAAAUCUAUUUCUAAUAAGUUUGAUGAAUUCGAAAAUGAAUUGUUUAAUUACUAAAAAUACUAGCAUUAUAUUACUUCAUGCUGUUAAUAAAUGCAAUAGUAUUUGAACACUUAAAUUUACAAUUUCACUAUUUCAAAUUAAGCAUAAAGAAUUUGUAAUAUGAACUUGAAUGCCUUAAAUCUGAUAGGCUAAAAAGUUAAAUAAAGCUAUGAAUAAGAUGAAAACAAUUUGGAUAGUUUUGCAAAAUAUCUUUUAGCUGAUAUUGAAGAUAUUUUGUAAAAAAAAAUUAAAUAAAAAAGGUUUUCUAGUACAAGCGAUAUUUAAUCUAUUUUAGAAGAUUUGAAUUAACUUUAACUGAGAAUCAACCCACUUGAUUAAAAAGAAGAAGAUUUGAGAAUUUUAAGCUCACAAUAAGAAAAUCUACUUAAAUAUUUUCACGAUUCUUAAUAAUAGUAAUCCUAAAGAAAUAUUGUCAAAGAUAAUUCAUCUUAAAAUAUAAUAUAGUUAGCCUUAGAGCAACUCGAAUAAAUAUAAGCUUAGGAUGAAUUAAACUAAAAUACAGAAAAUAAUAAUUUAAUAUAGAAGGAUAUAAUAGAUGCAUGUCUUCCAAUAAGCCUGUAAAAUUUUUAGAAGGACUAUAAUGUGAUCAAAACAUCUCAUAUUUUUAAAGAAUACCCUCAAAGGUUCAAUCCUCAAUAAAUAUCUAUCCCUAAUAUAGCAACAGAUUCUUACUAUUCUAAAAAAUUAAUUGUAGGAGGUUGGGACGGUUAAAUAGAGUUAUUUGAUGUAAGUGGAGACUUAAGCCAAAAAAUAAUUAAAUAGCUUUUUGAUGGCCCAGUAAAAGUAAUAGCUUUUAUAAAGAGCAGCUAGUUGGUAUGUGUUAGUGGUUGUGAGUAAAGUAGAGAGCAUCCCAGAAUUUAUUUAUUAGACUAAAAUAAUUUGGAGAUCAUUCACAUUAUAGAAUUAUAAUAAGGAGAAAAAGUUGUUGAAAUUUUGGAAUUAAAUAAAAAUGAAAAUAUUUUAGUAAGUUAGUUAAUUAUUGUUAGUGAAACAUCAAUUUAUCUUUAUAGCCUAACUGAUUAUAAAUAGCUAAAAUCAUUUACAAUCAAGUAAAAUGUAUUGAAAGCACAAAUUUUACAAGACAACAUUUUCUUAUCUAAUUAAUCUGGAAAUAUCUUUCAUUAUAUUUUAAAUGAAGAUCUUUAACUUGUUAAUACAAUUUAGAUUCAUUCUGAUUGGAUCCAUUUGCUUAGCAUUUUAGAAUCUAAUGAAAACAUUGUCAGCAUACUCAGUGGUUCUUAUGAUAAGAAAGUUGCACUCAGAGAAUAUAACAUAGUUACUAAGGAAUUAAAAUUAAUUUCUGAACUUUCUAAUGAAUUUUCUUAAUCUUUACUUUAAAUUGAUAGCCAAAGGUUUAUUAUUUCCUAUGCUAAUAUUUUAAAUUUUUAUGAAGGAAACAAAUUGAAAAACAAAUUAAUUGUAUAUGAAUUAGAUGAAAUUUAGCAAAUGUGCUUAAUUUAAAAUCACUUAGCAAUAUCUGGAAAAUCAGAUAAUUCUAAUAUAGUCAUAAUUUGA